UCGACUCAAUAUCAUUCUGUUCUCCGCCAAGUGAACAAGUCGCGUCUGACGGUCUCACGGUUGUUUUUCCUUUCAGUUUCGUUUUUUAUUUCGGUUUUUUGGGUUUUUCCUUUGAGUUUUGGUUUUUCGCUAUUUUUUCGUGUGCUUGUUUGGAAAACUCCUCCCGAAUUGCAGCGGCCACAUUGCGGAAGGUGUCCGAAUUGAGUGCUAUGAGAAUUUGGUGACAUCGACGGAGAUUCCGGGCCAAUCCACGAGAUCCACGCUUAGAUCAAAUUUUCAUCGAUCCGUGAGCUGAAACUGGAUUCGGGAAUAAAACAAGUGGAAGCUUUACUAGUGUUGCCGCUGAUUCUAUUUAGGUUUCAAUAAUUUCGCCUACGCGAGUGAACGCGAGAAAGUAGUUUAAAAAUAACGAAUAAAAAUUUCAAGGCGUGAUCCGUGCUUUGAGUUUUCCACUUAAAUCGUAUUCUUUUCCAAUCGCUGCCGCGCUGGGUCUGCUGGCCAAACAAUGAUACUUAACAGGAGCUGAAGUGGAGUCGCGGUGCAAAGUGCAUAUAUAAUCUACUGGUGGAUUACUGUAUCCGGCUAAAAAUAGCAUUACUUAUUACUUUUGUUUGCAACUUGUUUAUUGUUGUAGAUAAGAUUUGAAUCACAGAGGGAGGCUGAGAAAAAGUGUGCGGCGAAGGCAAUAAAGUCGACGGAGAAUCUAUCGUUGGAACUUUGUCAGCUUUUUUCCACCACCGGAACCAGAAAGUAGGAAUAUCAUCAGUAUUAUUAAAAUAUAAGUCAACUAAGAAAAAAAGAGAGAAGCGUGAGAUUGUGCUGGAAGAUAUAUCCCAUAAGUUUUGAGCAACUGCGAAAGGAGGAUAAUAGGAUAUUGAAUCACGUUUUUUUAUAAAACUGAAAGCCAAAUCGAAACGGAUAAGAGACUACUUUAGUGCUUAUACACACACCCACACCCACACACUUUUUACAAGUGCUAAGAGAAGAAUAUAUCUAUUAAUACUACUAAGCAAGCAAACUAAAAGCACGCGAAGAAGUGAGAAAGGGGGACUGUCAUGAUGACGAAUGGAAUCGCAGACAACCAACAGAAUGGUGGAAGCCAGGAGGACUCCAAGACCAAUCUCAUCGUCAAUUAUCUGCCCCAGCAAAUGACGCAGGAAGAGAUCCGCUCGCUCUUCUCCAGCAUCGGGGAGGUCGAAAGCUGUAAGCUUAUUAGGGAUAAAGUUACUGGCCAAAGUCUGGGCUAUGGCUUCGUUAACUAUCAACGGGCGGAGGACGCGAGCAAAGCGAUCAAUACACUGAACGGCCUAAGACUGCAAAAUAAGCAGAUUAAGGUGUCAUUCGCACGACCAAGUUCCGAAGCAAUAAAGGGAGCGAAUUUGUAUGUUUCCGGGCUGCCGAAGAAUAUGCUGCAAGCGGAUUUGGAGGCGCUGUUUAACCCGUACGGACGUAUCAUAACCUCCCGCAUACUGUGUGACAAUAUUACAGCACGUCAAUAUGCCUCAGCUUCGGGAGAAACCUCACCCGGUCUUUCCAAAGGAGUCGGGUUCAUUCGCUUCGAUCAACGCAUGGAGGCCGAGAAAGCCAUCAAAGAAUUGAACGGCACGAUACCGAAGGGAUCCACCGAACCGAUAACGGUUAAGUUCGCCAACAAUCCGAGCAAUACCAAAACUGUUCCACCGCUGGCAGCCUACCUAGGACCCCAGGCGGCCCGACGUUUCCCCGGACCGAUCCACCAUCAGACGGGCCGUUUCAGUGCUAUUCCGAAUUACAGAUAUUCGCCUCUGGCCGGAGAUCUGCUGGCUAAUACGAUGAUCCCAACAAAUGCCAUUGCCAAUGGUUCGGGGUGGUGCAUUUUCGUGUACAAUCUAGCCCCUGAGACGGAGGAGAAUGUAUUAUGGCAGCUGUUUGGUCCGUUCGGAGCGGUGCAAUCGGUGAAGGUCAUCAAAGAUUUGCAAACGAAUAAAUGCAAAGGCUUUGGAUUCGUUACGAUGACCAACUACGACGAAGCAGUUGUAGCGAUUCAAUCACUCAAUGGUUACACCCUCGGUAAUCGUGUCCUACAGGUCAGCUUCAAGACCAAUAAGUCGAAGAACGCGUAAAACUUCCUCGCUAUCGGCAGUUUAAUGUAAUAGUUUAUCGUUCGGUUGCCAGCCAGUGGCAGAAGACACCAGUUUUUUUUCUUACUAUGUUUUUGUUACAAAUCUUUUCGUCGAUUUGAGCUCUAAAAUCCCGAUACUAUGUAAGCAGCAUGAAAUCAGUAUUUGACGUUGACUUGGGCCCAAAUGAGCGCUCCAAGGGCGUCUAAUCGAGCAAGCAGGAAAGUAGCACGUAAAAGGAAUCCUUCAAAUCAGAGUAAAGGUGUUUGACAAAGAAACGAAUGCUAGAAAAAAGGCCAACGAGUAUAAUCGUACCUAAAUAAUUCCAAGAUUUUAGAGAUAAACAGGCAAAUGAGUUGUGGGCAACCUUCCCCGGUGGUUCCAUUUUUCAACCUUAUUAGGAACACGUUUUGAUAGGGAAGUAACUGUUUUAGAAAAACUAACGAAGCAGAUAUAUAUGCAUGAACUUCUAGGACAAUUUUUAUAGGAUGUAUACAGUACUGAUGGGAGUCGUAGGAGCAUUUUCAAAGGAUAGUGCUAGUUUUCUUGAGUUUCUUUCACUGGAUAUCGUUUCGUUUCCGUUGGAUUUUGUUGGUUACAGUGUUUGGUGAAUUAUUUCUAUUUGUGUUGUUGCUUUUGAUUAUUCAAGGGAGUUCUCUUUUUUGACAGUUUCUUUUCGUUAUCUUUUUUUCUUGUGAAACACGCGUUCGUUGAUUUUAUCAUAAAUUUAUGUUCGAUUUGUUUUAAUAAACUAUGUAAAAACGAAAGUGGAGUGAAUUCCACCACGACGCAUGUAUGAGUCAAUCUAAGUCAGAGCCCCAAACCGAACCAGAUCGGUACGCGUGCUUGCGCGGUAUGUCGAAUCCGAUUCUAGUCCUUUUGAUUAUAAUUAUAGUGUAUAAAUUUGUAACGAAUUUUAUUUAUAACCAUAUGUGUUUUAUAUUGACUGCAGAGUGUGUACUCUUUGCAUAGUAGUUUGUAGUUUUUGUCAGUUACUUUGUGUAACCAUAGUUAUUUUGUUCAGUGCAAAUUAUUUAUUCAUGUUAUUUUUCGUUGGCUUUUUCUUUCAUGCACUAUAUUCAUGAAAACGACCGAAGAUGAAAAAGUAAAAUGUGUUGUGCAAACAAUCCAAGACGUAA